ACCACUGAGAGCAAAUGUGAGACCCCCGACAACAAAGAGGGUGCUUGUGUUUGCACGUAUUUGUGUACUAUAGGUGCAUUUGGAUCUGUUUGUGUCUUUGCAUGGAGAAUACGAGCAGUAUAGGAGACGGAGGACUCUGUUUGUGUAUCUCGAGUUUGUGGGGGGAAGGAUGAGUGGAGUUAUUGUGUCUCUUGGGAGUUGUUACAGAAGCUGAGAUAGAGAGAGAGACAGAAGAAAACCCAGACUGGAAGUUCAGCAGGAGAAGAUGGGAUGAUGCUGAUUUCUGUAUAACAACUAUCGUACCAUGGUUGUAAGCACCUGUGAAUUGGUUUUAUCCAAGGUAAUAAAGCAAGUAUAAGGUAAGCGCCUUCAUCAAAAUCCUCUCUUAUUUCACAUAGUCAAGAUAAAAAAUGUAUUUAUAAAACACGCCAGUUGGAGAGAGCUUUAUGCAGAUUUUCAGAAUUCACUUUCAGAAUUGAACGUGAAAGCAGAAAGCUAUAAAUGUUUACUCAGUUAAAUCAUGUUUUGUCAUCACAGUGAAAGUGCUCAUGGUCCUAGAAAUUCCUUACUUAAGGUUUUAGUGUGCACUGUUGCAGUCUUGAUUCUGUUUGUUGUCUUGUAUGAGUUUUAAAUUAUGUUAAAAUUGCCUAAAAUUGUUUGUCUAAGUGUUUAAAUUGCUGUAUAGAAAAAAGUGAGGUCCUCAUGAUCCUUAAUAUAUUUUCGGGAGAAGCAUGCGCAUGGAAAAAACAUAAAUUUACAUAAUUCCAAAAAUGAGUGUAGCUAAAGUUUUUAAAAUCUAUUUGUAUCUUUCACUGAAUUUCCAGACCAUCAAAAUCAACAGAUGUGAACUGGAGGCUUAUCCACUCCUGGAAUUUGGACCUCUUCACCUAAAACCAUUCCUCCAGUGCAGGAAUCUUGUCUCUUCACAUCUAGAUAUUAUGCUGUUUUGGCUACAGUAUUUCAAAACUCCAGUGGAUUUUAAUGCCAAAACCUUUUCGAUAAAAAACCAAGUAUAUACAGAGUGAUGUCAGAACCAGCUUAUCUCGCCUCCCCUGCUCCUACCAACCCCCCUCUCUGUGACUACAGUGACUGGUCUCCCUCGUUUUUCAUCAUCCCAUCUGUCUACCUGCUAGCAUUUCUGGUUGGUUGUCCUGGCAACAGCCUGGUGCUUUGGGCCUACCUGGACCGAGUGAAGGGGAGGAGGAGAAGGGACCGAAAGCCAGCAGAAGAUGGCCAGUUCUGCUGCAGCAACAUUUUUAGAAGCAGUCAGCAGCACAUUAACAACACUGGCAAAUUUCAAAGUUCAAACUGUGGAUUUUCCUCCAGGCAAAGCUACAGAACAUCCUCCCAUUCCUCCACCUCAUCCUCUUGCUCUCCCUCCAUCUCCCGUCCCUCUUACUCGCUGACUGACUCUCUGAUUGCCAGUUUAGCUUUAGCUGACCUUUGUUUCCUUGUGACUCUUCCUCUUUGGGCCGUCUACACAGCAAUGGGCUACCACUGGCCUUUUGGGCAACCUCUCUGCCAGAUUAGCAGCUUCCUCACAGCUCUGAACAUGUAUGCCAGCGUGUUCAGCCUGAGCAUGCUAAGUGUGGAGCGCUACUGGGUUCUGACUAGGCACCGGCACUCCAGCCACCAUGCACCAAGGAGCUGCCCCAGCAAGGCUUUGUGGAUACUUGGAGGGAUGUGGGUGCUGGCGGGUAUACUGGCACUUCCCGGUUUGCUGCUGCGCUCUGUCCGGGAGGUGGAGCUUGACCCUGAAUAUGAGGACGACUGGCAGCUGGAACCCGCUGAUUCCAGGUCUGUUUUCCUUUCUUGCCAGAUGGAUUACUCCAUGCUGACUGGAGCAGAGCUGGAAGAGGAAGAAAAAAACAGGACAGAGAUGUGGUGGGCUGCUGCAUUAAGUAUUAAAUCAACUCUUAUUGGCUUCCUGCUUCCUUUUGUCAUCUUAUUGGUCUGCUACUGCUCACUGGUCCAACUACUCAGCAGACAUUUCGGACGGGGCCCUCGUCCUGACCGUAGACGGCAGCGCAGACUCCUCAGGGUCAUUGUCACGUUAGUGAUGGCAUUCUUCCUGUGCUGGCUGCCUCUCCAUGUCAAUAAAACUGUGUCCCUGCUGCUUGAGUUUGGAUUUGUCCCAUACUCCUGCUCUUUAGAUCAGAUAUUAUUGGCUGCUCAUCCAUAUGUCACCUGUUUAGCCUACCUCAACUCCUGCCUGAACCCUCUCCUCUACGCUGCCUGUGACCCAUCAUUUAGGAAGAGAUGCAAAGGAGCUUUCCUCGUGUUGUGCAGGAUGAAAAGAAAAGGAGCAAAGGGAAAGGAAGAGCACGAAGCUGAAGGAGUUGAAGAGAAAGGGGAGCAGAGCUCAGCUUUUCCCAUGAGGACACAGGAAGAAACAGCAGACAGGACAGAGGAGGAACAGGAGGGGGGAGUUAGGGAGAUGGGUGUUGCCACACCUGAAGAACUCAAGAAGUCAAGAUAUCAGGGUGCAAUGUUUUCUGACAAUUAAGUAACGCUAACCCUAUGUCAUGAAAAGUGAAAAUAAAAUGGAAUGCAUGACAUUGUGUACGUAUGUCAGUAUUUUCAAAAUAAAUAUUAUCAUCAGAAGAAGGCAUGCAAUAUAUAUUCUGGUUUCUGAUGCUUUGUUUCCCACAGGAAAAAUUCCACCCAUUCCAUUAAGAUUCCAUGCAAAACAUCCUCUCCGGUCAAAUCAAAUCUUCUCAUGUAACAUGAACUGUUUCCAUAUUUCUGUACAUCUUGAAUUAUUUGUUGAUUUUUGUUAAACUGUUUUUAUUAUUCAUUAUUAAAAUGAUGUCAGGAAGU